GGUUUUAACCAAGUAGUUCUACCCGGCACAGUACCAAAUAGUCUUAAAACACUCACAUUUGGUUAUGAUUUUAAACAAGCAGUUCCACCCGGCACAUUACCAAAUAGUCUUACAACACUCAUAUUCGGUCGUAGUUUUAACCAAGUAGUUCUACCCGGCACAUUACCAAAUAGUCUUACAACACUCUCAUUCGGUGAUGAUUAUAACCAAAUAGUUUCACCCGGCACAUUACCAAAUAGUCUCACAACACUCACAUUCGGUAAUGAUUUUAACCAAGUAGUUCUACCCGGAACACUACCAAAUAGUCUUACAGCACUCACAUUCGGU